UUCCUCAGCUUGGUCCUCAUCAUUGCGCUAAUACUCAGAGCAGCAAAUGCUGAGACCACCUUGAGAAGAAGAUGACCCGAAAUAGAGCCCUGAUUUGGGGGGCCCUCACCCUGACCACCUUGCUGAGUCGUUGUGGAGGUGAAGACAUUGUGGCUGACCACGUUGGGGCCUAUGGCAUAAAUGUCUACCAAUCCUACGGUCCCUCGGGCCAGUACACCCAUGAAUUUGAUGGAGACGAGGAGUUCUACGUGGACCUGGACAAGAGGGAGACUGUUUGCUGGCUGACUGGGUUCAGUGAAUUUAAAUAUUUUGACACUCAGACUGCACUGAUAAACAUGGCUAUAUUCAAAUACAACCUGGACCUCCUGAUUAAACGCUCCAACUCUACCGCUGCUCCCAAUAAGGUUCCUGAGGUGACAGUGUUUCCCAAGGCUCCCGUGGAGCUGGGCCAGCCCAACACCCUCAUCUGUGCCGUGGACAACAUCUUCCCUCCUGUGAUCAACAUCUCGUGGCUGAGCAACGGGCACUCAGUCACACAGGGUAUUUCUGAAACCAGCUUCCUGUCCAAGAGUGAUGAUUCCUUCCUCAAGUUCAGUUACCUCACCUUCCUCCCUUCUGCUGACGAUGUCUAUGACUGCAAGGUGGAGCACUGGGGGCUGGACCAGCCACUCCUGAAGCAUUGGGGUGCAUUGCCAUCCACAAGCAGAGAGUGGACAUGCUGGAUGGCAGCACUAUUUCCUGGCUACGUUCAUCACAUCACUUCUCGCUUCCUACACUCAUCCUCUCACUUCUUCUCUGUGACUACAGGUGCUGUAGCCCCCUCAGAUCUCACAUACCUCUCAGAAUUCUCUCCCAAACUCUUGAAUUUUUUCUCAGUUGUUACCUAUUGUGGGAUUCCUGGGGUAUCCAUCAGAUAUCUAAUCCCUCAGUGACCUUGAACUAAUAUCUCUGUGGGAGGACAAACCCCCUUUAUGACGUCUUGACUGAAAAUUUUCCUGUCGUUUAUCUCAGGACUGACUAUGACGAUGGCCCAUUAUGCUCCAGGCCCAUUUAAUCUCAUUUCCCAGAUCAGGUUUCAUGCCUAGUAACACAAAAGAAAGCAAGUAUAGUCUGAUAAUAUUUUUAUAUCUUAACUGAAGUUAAUUUUUCUCUCUUCCUUUUGCUCCCACCUUUGGCCACUGCCCCACCCCACCCCCAAUUCAGGCAUCAAUGAAGGUACUAUAUACCUUCUGUCCUUUAUGUAGAUUUGUUACAGCAGAAAUACAAAAACAAAUAAAUCUGUAUUCAUUUUAAUAUAGCUGUUAAAACUUAUGACAGAGAAAUAAGUUACCAGAAAGAAAUUUUUAAUCUCAAAAA